AUGGAGCGGGGCGCGGGAGCCAGGCUGCUGCUGCUGCUGCUGCUGUGGGCGGCGUGCUGCUGGCAUGCCCGCGCGGUUGGUUCCAGCCGCUACACCAUCACGGUGACCAACGGGGGUCCCUGGGGCGACUGGGCCUGGCCCGAGAUGUGUCCCGACGGACUUUUCACCAUCGGGUUCUCCAUCAAGGUGGAGGCCCCACAAGGCAUUCCUGGAGACGACACGGCCAUGAACGGGAUUCGGCUGUACUGCUCCCAUGGGCGCACAGUGGAGUCCGAGUCUGGAAGGUGGGGCGCGUGGAGCGAGCCGCAGUGGUGUCCCCGCGGCGGCUUCCUCGUGGCUUUCUCACUCCGAGUGGAGGCACCCAAGACCCUGGGGGACAACACGGGCGCGAACAACGUGCGCUUCCGCUGCUCCGACGGCACGGAGCUGGAGGGGCCUGGCCUGGCCUGGGGAGACUUUGGGAAGUGGAGUGAGGCGUGUCCCAAAGGCAUCUGUGGUGCGCAGACCAAGGUCCAGGCGUCUAGAGGCCUCCUGGACGAUACCGCCCUUAACGACGUGCGCUUUUUCUGCUGCAGCAGCUGA